AUCGUCUCUCUCUCAGAAAAGCUUUUCUCUCCUUUACCACUUUGUCCCCUCGCUUUACUGUUCGCAAGCCCGUUUGGAGCUGUCACGAAGGAACCUAAUUGAAGAUUCAUAGAUAAUCACAAUGCCAGAAGCAAGAGACCGAAUAGAGAGGCCAGUGGAUUACCCAGCCGCAUUUCUCAGCAGACGCUCGAAUGGAAUUUUACAUGACGACCCGGUGACACAGCACAGUUUGUUUGGGUCUCCGGUUCAGAGAGUGCCAUCGGAACCUGUGAUUGGAAGAGGUGGGCUUGUGAGGGGAAAUUUCGGUAUUCGGCGGACUGGUGGUGGUAGAAGAGGCCAAACUCAAUUUAGAUCGCCACAGGGACGAGAGAACAUGAGCUUGGGUGUUGCAAGGCGUGGAAGGGCUCGUGCUUCAACUUCUGUCUUGCCUUCUUGGUAUCCUCGAACGCCCCUCCGUGAUGUUUCUGGCGUCGUUAGGGCUAUUGAGAGAAGGAGAGCUCGUAUGGGAGAAGGCGUUGGCCGAGAUAUUGAGACCCCAACUCCACAACAGCUUGGGGUUCUUGAUUCUCUAGUACCACUGUCAGGUGCUCAGCUCGAGCACAACUAUUCCAUGGUCACUCCUGGUCCAUCUGUUGGAUUCAAGCGUCCUUGGCCACCCUCAGCUGCUAAAGUCCAUAAGAUUCUGCUCGACAUCACAAGAGAAAACACAGGGGAAGAAGAAUCCCUCACUCCACAGAAGAAGCUCCUCAACUCUAUUGACAAAGUGGAGAAGGUUGUGAUGGAAGAGAUUCAGAAAAUGAAAAGCACUCCUAGUGCGAAGAGAGCAGAAAGGGAGAAAAGGGUCCGGACGUUAAUGUCAAUGCGAUGAUUUCCACUUUUCACACUCAGAAAAGAAGCUGUGACGUUAGAAGGAGACCAUAGGAAUCAGGGAAUAAAGGUGUGCCUGCACAGUGAGUACAUCAUCUUCUGAUGAUAUCAAAGAGGGAGAAGUGGAUCAUCUGCUGGUGAUAUCUUCAUGAGUGUGUAGAUUUGUUAAGACUUUUGGGUAUCAUUCUCUGAUGAUAUUACUAGAAUGGUGGUCAAUCAUUUCUCUGAUGAUAUACAGUAGGAAGAUUCUAUCAUUUGUCUGAUGAUAAAACAUAGUAAGAGAUUCAUCUUCUGAUGAUAUAUCAUAGGAGGGGAUAACUAGUAGAUAGUUUUGGCUUUAGAUCGCUCACGGAUUUUAUGUUUGGAACCUUUUUCUUUAGACUCUGUAUUUUCCAUGCAUAGAGAUUUCUGAUGAUAUCUUCUUGCUUCAGGAUACUGAAUUGUUAAAACAGAUUGUACAGAAGUUUCCAACG